CAGCUCCUAGCAGCCCCUGCAUAUUUUCUUUCUUUAUUUUUUUUAAAAAGCCUCACCCUUCUAGGCUCCUUGGCUCAAGCCCCUCUUCCCCUUUCCUUUUCCGCCAUGAAGAUCAAAAUAGCAGCCCUUUUAGCUGCAAUUUUGGGAGUCCUCGGCGUCUUCCUUUUUCUAGUAGCCUUUGGAACCGAUUACUGGCUGCUGGUGACGGAAAAGUGUGGAGGAUUUGAAGCGAAGAACAACUCCUCUGAAGAGGAUGGGAAGCAAAUCUGGAAAGACGGCGGUAAAGGGAUCCUGACCUUCCAUCAUGAAGGCUUCUUUUGGAGAUGCUGGUUCUUUGGUGAAGAUUACAGAGAGACCAUAUGGAACUUCUGGUUUACCAGCCAAGCCCACCCUAAGCACUGUAUGAACGCCUACCUGUUUCCAAUGCCUAUUGUGUUUGGGCCUCAUCCUCAUCCCUCCUAUGACGCAACUGCAGUGUACAGGGGAUUCUGGACGGCGCUGAUAGUCCUGGCCAUCACUGCCAGCCUUGUAGGUGUGUUUUUGUUGGUGUGCGGUGUGCCCUUUGUCAAUGCGAGAUUCUAUAAAGUCGGAGGUGGAUUUCUUAUGGCUGCUGGAUGUUUAUUUACCCUGCUCAUAUUUAUGUUUGUGGUGUGGAAAGAAUUUGCUGCCGAUCUCCGUAAAUACAUACUACUGGAAAGAAGCGAAAGGUGCUCAGAUGACACCCCUCUGUCUGUCUAUUACGGCUGGUCUUUCAUGUUUGCGGCUGCUGGGAUCCCAUUAGUGCUCCUGUCCGGUCUUCUCUUCUAUCUGGUUGGACACAGCAUCCUGAAGGAGCUCGAGUAAAGGGAAGGAGGUCGCACCUUAGCUACCGCCUAGGAAGGAGAACUGUCUUCUUACUUAUUUAUUUCUAGAACGCGUGAUAUUGUGCCAGGGGUAUUAAGUGAUGCUGUGGAAUCUCCCAAGUGGCAAAUAGUAGAUUAAACACACAGAUUCUAAUAUU